ACGAAUAAAGAGAAAUAAAGGUGGAUGAUGGGGAGAUCAGCUAGUUGUGACGAGAACGGCCUAAAGAAAGGACCUUGGACUCCCCAAGAAGACCAAAAGCUGGUUCAAUACAUAGAACGCCAUGGCCAUGGUAGUUGGAGAGCCCUCCCUAAGCUUGCAGAUCUCAACCGAUGCGGAAAAAGCUGUAGGUUAAGGUGGACAAACUACUUAAGGCCUGAUAUCAAGAGGGGCAAAUUCUCUCAAGAAGAAGAAUCAACAAUUCUGCAUUUGCAUUCCAUUCUUGGAAACAAGUGGUCAGCCAUUGCAACACAUUUACCAGGCCGCACGGAUAAUGAAAUCAAGAACUUCUGGAACACACAUUUAAAGAAAAAGCUUAUUCAAAUGGGUAUUGAUCCAACGACCCAUCAGCCACGAAUUGAUAUCUUUGCAAGCUUGCCUCAGCUUAUAGCCCUUGCUAGCCUAAAGGACCUCUUGGAGAGUACUACUCAUCUAAUAUUAGACGACCAAGCUUUAAGAUUACAGGCUGAAGCUGCUCGGUUGGCUAAGCUUCAAUACCUGCAAUUACUAGGCCAAUCCCCAAAUGGCAUUGCAGACAUGGAAGCUCUCAACUUAAUAAGUUCAUCAGUUCCAAAUUCAUCUCAAUUUUCUCUUGGAGAUGCUACUUCUCAACAACUCCACCAAUAUCCCACUCCUUUACCUCAUUUACUAGACCCACAAGUCCCUUCCAGUUUCCAAACAUCGGUGAACAGUGAGAUAGGAAACUGUUCCAGCUUUACGAUGCUCAGACAAGGAGAUAACCAAACCGAGAACUCAUCAUCUUGGAUUCUUCCAUCCCCUAACAUUCCUCCAACAGCUAUCGACACAUCACUCUGUAAUGCAAGCAGUAGUUCUAGCAACAAUGGAGCCGCUUCUCCCUACUGGCCUGAACUCUAUUUCGACAACUCUAUCAAUAUCAUGCAUGAGAUUUCCUAGUCUUGGAGUUUGCAUCUGUUAAUGUCGAUAACUAUGGCAUCCAUCUCAUGCUUUACUUCAUGUAUAAAUUACCCCCAACAAUCUAUGUAUAUUUAUACAUCCAAUAUAUUUAUGCAUAUAUAAUUUUAUGAUAAUAAUCAGACGAUCAUGAAACCAGGGUUUUUGUUUUUCAUCC